UUGGAGUGCCAGUGAAAAAUUGACUCCAAGCAGCCACUUCUGAUCACAGUAACAAUGGAAUCUCAAAAUCUCAGCCAAAACACCACUGUUCAUUAUCACACUAUUGCCGGUGCCGGUGCCGGUGCCAAAUCAUCAUCGGCUCUAAUAUUUCUCGGCACAGGUUGCUCCAACUCCGUCCCUAACGCAAUGUGCUUAAUUCGACCGUCCGAUCCACCUUGCAACGUUUGCUCGCAGUCACUCUCACUUCCGCCGCACCAAAACCCUAACUACAGAACCAAUACAUCUCUAUUAAUAGAUUGUUAUCGUAAGGAUGAUGAGACACACAGCUAUAUAUUGAUUGAUGUUGGCAAGACAUUUCGCGAGCAAGUUCUUCGCUGGUUUACUUUCCACAACGUUCCUCGAGUUGACUCUAUCAUUUUGACUCAUGAGCAUGCUGAUGCUGUUCUUGGUCUUGAUGAUAUGCGUACUGUGCAACCAUUUAGUCCGACAAAUGAUGUUGAUCCAAUCCCAAUUUACUUAAGUCAGUCUACCAUGGAGAGCGUUUCGUUGAAAUUUCCUUACUUGGUAAGGAAAAAACUAAAGGAAGGCCAGGAAAUAAGACAUGUUUCACAAUUGGAAUGGAAGAUAAUUGAGGAAGACUGUCAAAGACCAUUUGUUGCAUCUCACAUGCAAUUUGUUCCUUUGCCAGUGAUGCAUGGAGAAGAUUAUAUAUGCUUGGGUUUUCUCUUUGGCGAGAAAAGUCGAGUGGCUUAUAUAUCUGAUAUUUCACGUUUUCCUGCUAGUACUGAGCAUGUAAUUUCAAAAGCUGGGGCUGGACAGUUGGAUCUUCUAAUUUUAGACACUCUGCGCAGGAGUGGGACCCAUAAUGUUCACUUCUGCUUACCUCAGUCCCUUGAAGCUGUGAAGAGAUUAUGUCCAAAGAGAGCUCUUUUUGUUGGAAUGGGUCAUGAGUUUGAUCAUCACAAGGACAAUGAGUACUUGGCAGACUGGUCUAAAAGGGAAGGAAUACCAGUGCAGCUUGCACAUGAUGGCUUAAGAGUUCCUAUAGACCUAUGAUGAGGUUGAAAUAUGAACUGUCAGUUCUCACCAGAUACAUAAUACAUAAUGUGUAAUCCCAUUACAGUGGGAGGAAAAGAAUAAAAAAGAUACUAUUUCAGAGUCCAAGAAGCCCAUUUUUAUCAGAUGAAACAAACUAUUAAAUGAGUUUGAACAAUGUACAAAAUAUUUUUGGUGUAGCAACUUGAAGUUGUUAACUCAGG